UCCUCAAUCUUCAGUUGUUGAUAUUUCGUUUAAAGUUAAACAUCGAUUUUUCUAACAAUGUAGAAUGGCAGACAUGCGGAAUCUUCAAACGAAGUUAAUAUUCCUACAAAUCAUCUCGCUAUCUCUCUGUGGUUGGUUACCAGUCGAACGUAACGUGAAAAUAGAGUGGGAUAUUGAGUCGACACCUUUAGAAAUUCAAACUGAUAGUGUGCUGGGGAGUGGCGAUGGGGUGAUAGUGUACUUCUACUCUGCUGGGGGAGAGAGUGCAGGAUCAGUCUGGCUCUACUUCACCUCUACUCCAAAAUACCAUCUCAGCUACUGCACAUCCUGGACUAACCUCCCUGUUAAUCCCCCCUCUCCUAAUGACAAGGUGUGGCGUAUCACUCUAACCAGAACUGCAGGUGUUAGACUAGUGAUACACUGUAACGAGGUAGAGGUGCUCAACAUACUGCUCUCUCAAUCAACGUGUAGUGACAGUGACUGGAGCACGAUCUGGAACAGGGACGUGACAAAGAUAAUGUUCCUUUCCCUAGACACAGCAUCUGAUUACUACAGACCACAACCAGAGCCGUGUGGAGAAGGAAAAUAUCGGAAUGAUGCUAUGACAAGCUGUGAGACAUGUGACGCUGGAUUGACACCAAACUCUGAUAAAACAGCCUGUGAGUCAUGUCCAGCUGGAAGCUACAAGAACAUUGCGAUGAACCCAUGUGAAGAAUGUCCUGAUAACACGAUCAGUUCAGAAGGAGCAGCCUUGUGCACAGCUUGUGAACUUGGCCAGGAACGAAACUCAGGGAGAACAAAAUGUGAGCCGUGUGGAGAAAAAACAUAUCGGAAUGAUGCAAUGACAAGCUGUGAGACAUGUGACGCUGGAUUGACACCAAACUCUGACAAAACAGCCUGUGAGUCAUGUCCAGCUGGAAGCUACAAGAACAUUGAGAUGAAGACAUGUAAAAAAUGUCCUGAUAACACGAUCAGUUCAGAAGGAGCAGCCUUGUGCACAGCUUGUGAACUUGGCCAGGAACGAAACUCAGGGAGAACUAAAUGUGAGCCGUGUGGAGAAAAAACAUAUCGGAAUGAUGCAAUGACAAGCUGUGAGACAUGUGACGCUGGAUUGACACCAAACUCUGACAAAACAGCCUGUGAGUCAUGUCCAGCUGGAAGCUACAAGAACAUUGAGAUGAAGACAUGUAAAAAAUGUCCUGAUAACACGAUCAGUUCAGAAGGAGCAGCCUUGUGCACAGCUUGUGAACUUGGCCAGGAACGAAACUCAGGGAGAACUAAAUGUGGUAAGAAUUAUUAA